AUGCGCGAAACAAUUGCCCGAAUCAUUAGGACAGACUCGCAUGCGCGGUUCAUCAAAGUAUGCGACUCAGACACCGGUAGAGUCUUCGGGUAUGCCCGGUGGCAAGUCCCCUCGAGCUUUCGCCAGGUAUUUUUGUCUAAUCAGCUCGAUGGACCAGCGGGAGUCGAAGAAAACGCGGAGACUCCCGAGGAAAGGACCGCUUCUUUGGCCACGUCGAUAACCAGCAUGGACCUGUGGAAUCACAUCAUGGGUGCCCUGCAAGAAAAAAGGGUUAAGGAUGUCGACCCAGAAAAAUGUCUCGUUCUAGGUUUGCUUGAUGUCUACCCAGAUUUCCAGGGCCAAGGCGCUGCGAGGAGGCUGUUAGAGUGGGGGUUGCAGCGUGCGGAUGAGGCUGGCUCUUCAGCAUAUCUGGAGACUCCCAUUGUUCUGCAGCUGCUUUUUGAGAAGUUUGGAUGGGUUACCGUGGAUGAAGUUGCCAUUGACUUUGAAAAGUUCGACGAUGUGUUCGAGAGGGGUAUUCAGAAAUGGGUAUGUAUGCUCCGUCAGCCGUGUAAAACCUGCACUGAUUGA